AUGCUAGAUAAGAACAUUAAAUCUGGGGAUAGUUAUAAAUUCAAACUAUUAAAGCUAAAGAAAUUCUAAUCAGAGGUUCCAAUUGACGAAGAUGCUUUUAAAUUUCCAUCAACCAAUACAAAUUUGACUUAUAAUUCAUUGGAUUUGAGAUAGCUAGACAACGAGAAUAAGAAGAAAUUAGAGUCCAGAGACAAAGAAGAAUUGAAGAGUUUUCAGACCACAAGAGGCUAGAGAGAAAGAAAAGCAAUAAGUGCUGCUAGGAAAUUGUAAGAGAUGGAGGAACGAAUCAGAACUUUAAAACCAAAAGCAAGUUUAAAGAAGAAGAAUUCCAUUACUUAGGAUGAUGCUCUGAGAAUGAUUAUCGACAGAGAUAUCAAUUACUUCUCAAAGAAAGUGAAAUCUGCUUUGACUUAAUUAUGGAAUGAUGACUAUCAAUUCAACAGCAGAUAAAGAAGAAGACUAUGGCUAGUUUUAUCUGGAGCAUAACAGCAAUUAAGUUCAAAGCUUUCGUAAGAUAAUUAUAAGAAUUUAAAGAAUCUCAAACUGAGAUACCCAAAUCCUUGCUUUAACUAAAUUGAUCUUGACUUAAAAAGAACUUAAAUGGAUUUAGGGCUUAGAUCAGAUAAUUUUUUGAGUUAGCUGAGAAAUAUAUUGGUAUCUUAUGUCAAAAGAAAUCCUUCAAUCGGCUACUGUUAAGGUAUGAACUUUAUAGUAGCUAAAUUCUUAACAAUAAUGAGUGAAUAAGAAUCUUUCGAAACAUUUACUCAAAUAAUUGAAAGUAUCCUACCAAUCGAUUAUUACACUAAUAUGGUGGGAAUUUUGAUUGAUUAGAAAGUUCUAAAAUACUAUAUUUAAGAUUUGAUGCCUCAAUUGUUUGAGCAUCUGGAUACUAUUAAGUUUGAUCCAAGUCUUUUCAUUUUCUAAUGGUUCGUAUGCCUAUUUUCAAACAACAUUAAUUACGAUAUAUAAAACAAGAUUAUGGACCUUUUCUUUAUCAAAGGAUCAAAGGCUUUGUUCUGGGUAUCAAUUGCAAUCAUCUACAACCUUAAAUAAUAGUUACUAGAAUCUAGUGAUUUCCAAACAAGCCAACUUAUUGAUGGAGUUAAGAAAGUAUGUAGAUUCGUUAAAGGUAAAAGGAUUACAUAACUCAGAGAGGAGUUUAGACCACUUGUUGAGAAGGAGCUUUAGGAGACAAUAGAUUAGAAAGAGACUUUAAACUAAGGGCAAUAUUUGAAAUUUCAAUUCAUAAACAGAUUUUAUUUAUACCCUGGGCUUCACAAGUUCUACAAUCUCAAUGAGAACAGCCAAUAAUUAAGCUGUUAAAAUGUAGAGUAAUUCAAUAAUAAGUUAUUCAAUUAUUUUCACUGCGAUCCGAAAUGGCCUGUAUGUUUAUACGACUAUACCUAUAAAAACAAAAUUCCUAAUUACUUAUGCUUCAAAAUUGCAUCAGAAUUGACAUAAUUCAUAAAAACUGAUUAUUUUUAUCCAAAUCAAAAUGAAAAUUUAGAUAGCGACCAAAUCUUACAAAAGAUACUUAAUGAAGAGCUAAAACUCAAAGAAUUAAAAGAUUAGAUUUUGAUUGAGAGAAAUGAGCAUAUGUGCACAAAUUAGUAUGACAGCCAUUAGGAGUUUGAAAUGAAAUUCAAGUAUUUGCUUUCCGAAAAAUGCGAAAGCUUUAGUCAUUUGCCAUCGUUUUAAAUCAAUAUUAACGAUUAAAUGAGUAUGCUAAGAUGCAAGGAGGAUUUAAUUAUGAUUGUAAGUUGUACCCAAGUGGAGCCAGAUUUUAUAAGAAAGUAGAAGGAAAAAGAAAAUUAAAGCUAUUAAAUUUCAACAAGAGAGAGUUAAAUGAAUAAAUAGAGGAUAAAAGAUAUUAUUUUGAGAAACAUAGAAAUUCCACCUUCUUUAAGUAAGAGGUCGACAUCAGUAUCAUCAGGCGAACGAAUGAUUGAAAUAUUGAGAUUUAAAUCUUACCCCAGUAAUGUUAAAUCUGAAAUCAUGAUUUCUAAAAUUAGAGCGAGAUAGUAAUCCUGCUGA